UGUGCAAUCCAACAGUCCUAUAAAUACAGCGUCACUCCAGCCUCUGGAAGCCUCUGUCAGCUCAACCUCCAAAGGAGCUGCGUCUCUAUUCCUGAAAUCCUGGGUCCCGCCUGCCAGUCGCCAUGAGAACUUCCUACCUUCUGCUGUUUACUCUCUGCUUAGUUUUGUGUGACAUGGCUUCAGGUGACACCUUUCUCACAAGUCUUGGCCGCAGAUCUGACCAUUACAAUUGUGUCAAGGGUGGAGGGCAAUGUCUCUAUUCCCCCUGCCCAAUCUAUACCAGAGUUCAAGGCACCUGUUACGGUGGGAAGGCCAAGUGCUGCAAGUGAGCUGGGACUGACCAGAGGAAAGGACGCAGAAGCCAAAUGAACUAUUUAUAAUCAUUCUUUUAAUAAAGGAAAAUUGUUUUUCAAGUAUA